GUCGAGACGCCCCAGAUAAGGCGUGGCCAGUUGCCUCGCGCCCCCUCCCCGAAGUUUUUCGGGAUAGUCUGUGCCGAGCCGUGAGGGAGGCCGGGAGCGGCUGCAGCAGCGACUCUUUUCCUCCCCUUGACAGCACUCUGAUGAAAUUAGGAGAUGGCAGUGAUGGAAAUUGCUUGCCAAGACACUUCAGUCCCAGCUAUCGGACAUCCAAAGGAACUUCCUAUGGGCAAAGGGCAACAGAAAGUUGCAAAAGAAAAAACCAACAGUGUCUGCAAAGUAGAGGAUCCAGACAAGCAUGUGUUCCAGGGCCCAUGGACUAUCCUAAGUGAUGUGAUUGCUAAGGGAACUGCCAAGGAAGACAAUGAAAAGGGGAGCUUAGCCUCAAUCUCCAUUAUUGCCCAGGCAGAAUGUGAGAUCAGCCAGGAGUUCAGCCCCACCUAUUCAGAGAGGCCAUUUAUUGCUGAUACCAAGCGAUACAACCGAUCUUGCAGCCUUGACCAGAUCCCAAACAAUGUGGCCCAUGCAACCGAGGGGAAAAUGGCACCUGCUUAUUGGAAGGGCAUACACCGAAGUAAGUCCCGGAAGAAACGGCGGAAGAAGAAAACUCAAUUCAAGUCAUUCGAGGGAGCAACCUCCCUAACUCAGAAGCCAAGGACUCCAGAGCAGGAGAGCUGUCUCCCAGUGCAGGAGGAUGACUCCUGCUUGGACACCCCUUUCGGGAACACCUCAUGGCAUUCAGAACCACUUAAAGAUUUAGGCUGUGAUCCCCAUUGCUUCAAGAAACCCAACCAUGCUCACAAUCUGAACUUGCUGAAGAGCCAGUCUAAGUUAGAAUUGCACAAGCUGAUUAGUCCUGCUCAGUGCUUGAGCCAUGUUUGGAAAUCCCACACUCUUGACAACUUUGCCCCUCAGUCAAAAACACUCCACCCUUUCCCUUGUGACCUGUUCCCUCCUUAUAUCCAUGGCUAUGAUGCCUUGAUUCCUGCCUUGAAAAUUGGUCCACUGGGGACAUAUCUCUUCGAUGACCUCUCCUGUGUCAAUGUCAAGAAUCGCCUGUCAGACCUGACCUUGGAACAUAACUUCUCCAAAUGCAGCCUUCAGUCUGUAAAAACACCACCAGACAAGCUUUCUAUGGAUGAGUUUUUGGUGGAUGCCUUGAAGGGAAGUGUUAUUCUUGGGGAAGCAAGAAACUUAGCUUGUUUGGUGAAGACAUGGAAGGAAGAUGGAUUGAGUUCAAAAGCGAAGCCUCAAGAGAUUAAUGAAAAUGAAGGUGUACUACUUAUUGAAAAACUCAAAGCUGUGGAUUAUGAAUACCGCGAAGACAUUCACUGGACAAAAUUCCAAGGCUUGCUCGGCACAGGAUCCUUUGGGGAAGUGUACAAAAUGGAGGACAAGCAGACAGGCUUUCAGUGUGCAGCCAAAAAGAUGAGAAUUGAACACUUCCGUGAAGAGGAGUUGACAACAUGUACUGGAAUGAUGCAUGAAAAUAUCUUGCCAUUGUAUGGAGCGGUCAAAGAAGGCCUCUGGAUUACUAUAUUCAUGAAGCUAAUGGAAGGUGGGUCACUUGGUCAGCUAUUGAAGCAGAGUGGCUACUUGCCAGAGGACAGAGCACUUCAUUAUCUGGGCCAAGCAUUGAAGGGUUUGGAAUAUCUUCAUACUCACAAUGUUCUCCAUGGAGAUGUAAAAGCUGACAACAUUGUUUUGUCCGGCGAUGGAAACCAUGCUGUCCUCUGUGAUUUUGGUCAUGCAGCUCACCUUCACCCAGAUACAAUGGGAAAUUACUUGAUGACAGGGGAUUACGUUCCUGGCACCGAAACCCACUUGGCCCCCGAAGUGGUGAUGGGAAAGCGGUGCAAUGCCAAGGCAGAUGUCUGGAGCAGCUGCUGUAUGAUGUUGCAUCUCCUGAAUGGCUGCCACCCUUGGACCCGAUAUUACAAUUACCCUUUGUGCCUCAAGAUAGCCAAGGAACCGCCUCCCCUGAGAGAAAUCCCAACCUCCUGUCACCCAUCCACUGCCCAUGUCAUUAAAGCUGGCCUUGAGAAGGAGCCAGCCAAACGGGCCUCGGCAGCAGAGUUGAGGCUGAAGGCCAACAGAGCCCUCGAGCAUGUGGGGGGCCUGAAAAGCCCCUGGAGAAGUGAAUACAGAGAACCCAGGUGCCUACAGAUGGUAAAAGAAAUUAGUCUUCCAGAACCACCAUUGCCAGCACUCGAGCCUCCUAGUAGCAUGAAGCCAUUGAUCCGAAGCCUCAGCUCACCACUCCCUUCUCAGGCCCCAAUGGAAAGAAGCCCAUGUGUCCACCCAAGUGCAUGCAGGAAAUUGCUGUGGCCAUAUGACUCCCUGCAGCCUCCCCUCCCAGCUCCUCUCAGCACCAAGAAGAGCAGCUUUGUGGAAUGGAAAACAGCUACCUUAGAGCAUGACCUUCAGCAGCUGGAAUUUGAGCUGAUUCUGAACAGUCUCUCCCAGCCCUUUUCUCUGGAGGAGCAAGAACAAAUGCUUUCCUAUCUCAGCUUGGACAGUUUUCUCCCAUCAGAUGCCAGUGAGAAGGGUUCUUUAAAAACUUCUCCCAGCUGGAAGGAUACGAUGAGUUCGGGAGUGCAUUCAUGGAACAGCCAGGCUGAUGGGCAGAGCAACAGCUGGAACAGCUGGCUACAUUGCAGCAAGCAGACAGAUGUCCCCACCUACUUUAACGGGGUGAAAAUUGAGAUCCACUUGCUCAGUGGGGAGAGUCUGCAUAUCAGAGAAUUCCAUGGGGUCAAAGUGGGAGACGUUGCAACUGGAAUCAGCAGCCAAAUCCCAGUCUCUGCCUUUAGCUUCUUCUCCAAGGAAGGCCAACCAGUUCGCUGUGACAUGGAGAUUCCCGACUCAGGCAUCGAGCUUCAGUGCGCCCUAGCCCCUGAUUGUAGUUGUGGAUGGAGUUGGCGAGUCAAACAUGGUCAGCUAGAGAAGCGACCAUGAAGGAUGCUGCUUUCAUCCAUCUCCCCCAUGUGUGCCAUGAUAGCCUUCCCCAAGUUGGUGCACUCUAGAUGUAGUGGCUUAAAAUUGCCAUUGUCCUAAGCCAGCAUGGCAACUGGAUGAUGAGAGUGACAGUCCAAUUCAUGUGGAGGCCUUAGAUGGAUGCAGUUCUCCCUGCUGCCCACCCCGAAGUUUGCUGUGGUAUUUGUAUAUAGGUCAGUGUUGAAUAAUAUUGGUAGCACUUAAGUCUUAAACAAGCAGCAUUACUCCUUUCUGUCUCCUCACUACAUCUGAUCCUCUGGCAGUGAAACCAUUGAGGGUUGUGGCUAGAGAGGAGAAAUUGAACACUUGUGCCUUUAUUUAUAAACUAUUGUAUUUCAUCACAUAAUAGUCAUACUUUUUAUCUUUUUUUGAUCAAAAAAGGGGCUGCAACUAUUACACGGUGAAAAAAUCUGCCUUUGAUUCUCUGGUUUCUUUUUCUUUUUAAAAAAGAAACUGCCUUACCUCCAAGAUGGGAGGAGAGAUCAUCCAGCCUCAAACAAACAGCUCCAUUUCUCUUGGUUUGUUUUUUAAAUCUGCCCUGCCUCUGAGAAAGGAGGAAGGAAUAUUCCUCCACCCUACUUUCUUUCUUCAAAAGCAAGGCAGCUUACAAUAUCUGAAAUGGAUCUCUUUGGAGAAAAGGAAGCAAGAUCUUUGUUGCUGAGACCUCUAUUUCAGGUUUUUUAAACUGCCUUGCCUUUGGAGAGAGAUGGGAGAAUCAGCCCAAAAUGGCUCUGCGACUAUUUUGCGAGGAUCACAAAAAUACCAGUUUUGCCACUCAAAAGAUGGGGAUGCGACUAUUACGCAGCAGCGACUAUUAUGCAAUGACAUAUGGUAAUCAGCAAAACUAGAAAGAACUUGAGUGCCUCUUUUCCAGCUGAAUGACUUAUCUUUUUAACCCACCAUUUCCCAAGAAAACUCAGGGCCCUUCCAGACAGGCUCUUUAUCCCAGGAUCUGAUCCCAGGUUUUCUGCUUUAAACUGGAUUAUAUGAGUCCGCACUGCCAGAUAGUCUGGGGCUCCUUCCACACAAUUGAAUAAAAUCCCACAUUUUCUGCUUUGAACUGGAAUAUAUGGCAGUAUGUACUCAGAUAACCCAGUUCAAAGCAGAUACUGUGGGAUUUUUCUGCCUUGAUAUUCUGGGUUAUGUGGCUGUGUGGAAGGGCCCUGGAAUAAACAGAAAACCUGGGAUCCAAUCUUGGGAUAAAAGGCUUGUUUGCAAGGACCCACAGAGAUCUGGUUUGUGGAAACCAUGUUGGCCUAGCAAACUAGUGAUUUCCCAUGUGGUAGUAGUCUAGGACAAUGGUUAGUCUUGGAUGUGAGACAUGCAGGAACCAGACUCUCCUUGUCAGUGGAGAGCAUGAAAUUACAUUGGCCAACAUAUUCUUCCUUGGUUGUCCCAGAGGCUUUUUGUGAGUCUAAAAUGUUCCCCUUGGAGGAAAGAGUGGGUUCUUAAUAUAGUAAGCAAUAAGUAUCUUAUUUCAGGGAAAAAGAGCAUUCUGCAGAAGCCAUAAAUCCAUGCCAGCAAGUAAAUGUAAAUAAGGUGAACUGUACAUAUCAAAUCUCAAUUGUCCCAAAUUCCCUUGCGGAUGAAUUUUGGAGCCUACAUGAUCAGUAGAGGCCAGGCUAAAACCCAAAGUUUUUGGGGCUUGUAGCCAUAGACAUUUAAUCCAUGUAUCAAUAACGAUAACAUCUCUCUGGUCCGGGCUUCUCACCAAUGCUACAUUCAUCCUCCAUCUUGCCUUUCCUCUAGAAUUAGUAUGAGACACAUAGCACUUUUUAAAGGAUUCCCAUCUGGUUUCGGUUUAUGUGGGAGAAAAAAUAAAUAAAUCCAUAUCAGAGCCUGUCCUUCAUGAGCUAAGAGAUGUGAUCACAUAUUCUCCUCCUCUUCCUUUUUGAUUUUUAUGCUGCAAGAGGCUAACAUGGCUACCUCUUUGAAAACGCCCAUAUUUGUUAAUGGUGGCAUGCUGUUACAGCAUUGCAAAGCAAGCUUACACGAAAGUGCCAAAGAGCCAUGGAGGCUUACAAACUAAAGACCGGGAGCUAUUUGUAAACUGCCAAUCCCCUGAGUUGCUUUUAGAAUUGGUGCAGCAUUACAAAACAAGCUAGCUUAAGAGCGCCCAAAAGGAACAGAUGCAAAUAUUUUCAGAGGAGAAACUUGGAACGGUUCGUGAACCAACAAGCUUUAUCUUUUCAUUUUUGGGGUGGUUUGUGAUGGGUUUUUGUUUUGCCUUUUCACAGUUACGGCCACGGCAUUUGUAGUCCUUUGGCUAGCAUGAUAUUAGGCUGAACACAGACAGAGACUACAUGUCCGCAUAGCUUUCUUAAGUGGGGCCCAUUAAAGUGUUAUUAUUACUGCAAUUCUUCAAGUCUGAGAUACACUUUUUACCAUAGAAGCUUCUCUAAAAAUGGGGUGCAUCUUAGAAUUGCAGGUGUUUUACAUAUAUAUAAAUAAAGCUUUUUGUUCUGGUGGUGGUACUGAAAUUAGUAUGUAUCUUAAAAUCAAUGGCAUCUUGGAAUCAAAGAACAGGUUGCUUACCUGUAACUAUUUCUUUGAGUGGUCAUCUGUGAAUUCACACAAUUGGGUAGUUUACAUAGGCCAUCACCUUUGGUAUAAAAUCACAAAGGUUUAUUCACCCUGAAUGAUGUACCAUAACAAGACUUGUGUAAACAAUCCAUUGAAAGAAUGUGGAAUGUAGUACCACACAACACAUGGACAACCACCAAAAUUUGAUUUCAGUGUAUUAUCAAAAGGUAUGCAUGAAUAUGCUUUGCAGGUUGUGCAAAAUAAAGCUUUGAAAAAUGUCA